AUGGACACAAGGGCAGUGGCUGUACCCACAUCUGUGGUGGUUUCGACCCAGGCGAGCAGCUCUUCCUCCUCUUCUUCGUCGUGGUGGCCGCUGUCGACGAAGGGCUGGCUGAUUGUUGGCGGAGCGGUGGUGAGCGGCCUCGUUUUGUACCUCCUGCGGCGCCGAACGAGAGCGGCGAACGCUUGGCAAUCUCCCCCCGGCGAGUACGAUGACAUUUUGAAGUCCCUGCGGUCGUCCGAGCCCCAGCAAACGGUGGCGCUCAAGCAGCUUUAUGAGUACUCGCGCUACCCCAAGAAGCACGACAGCAUCCGCCAGACAGGCGUGCUCGAGAUUCUGCUGCAAAUUUUGGCUCAGCAUCCAGACAACGAUGUGCUGCUUCUCCAUCUCACGCGCGUGGUUGCCAAUCUCGCGAUCAACGAAGAAAAUCGGUUGGUGUUGGGCCGAGCGAGCACCGUGUCGGAUCUGUUCUACCUUCUCGAGCACACGGAGGAUAGGAUCAAGGAGCACAUCCUGCGCUGCCUUCUCAAUCUCAGCCUCGAGGACGUGAUCGAGGACGUCAUCCGCGAAACGGGUGGCCUCAAGCAGCUCACCGAGAUGUUUGCCUCUCCGCACACCUCUCCCUCCGUGCUCUUCCAGACGACGCGAGUGUUGAUCAACCUGGUGCACAACGCGAACAACAGGGCCUUGACGACGCAGGAGGGGUUGGUGCAGCAGGCCGUGCAGAGGCUCACGGCCAGCGCGACGGUGGAGAACAUCGACUUCUGCCUGCGACUGCUCAACCUGGUUGGCCUCUUUGCUGUGGACUGCGCGCCCGAGGUGCUGGCGCAGAUCGCGACGAAGGAGACUGCUGAAGCGUUCAACAACCUCCUCUCCCUCUCCCAGAGCGUGGACCACGUCUCCACCGUGCUCCAGGCCACCCUCAAGAUCCUCGCCAGGAAACACACCCAGCCGCAGGAGGUGCAGCCUUUCAUCGACGCCCUGAUCGAGAAGACCGGCCCGCAGCCCAGCGGCCUCGAGCACGUCGUCGCCUUCUACAAGAACUCGGACGGCCCCGUGCUCGAGCUUGCCCGCCACGUCCUGGCCGACCUCGCCGAGAACAACGAGAAGGCCACCAGCGCCAUCAACGAGAUCGACCCCGCCCUGCUCUCGCUCGGCUCCUCGCCCUCCACCACCGACAGCGCCGACGAGCGAGCCUCGUGA